GCAUGAAACCAACAUCAAAUUAAACUUAUUUGAAUGUUUUAUCAAAAUAACCAUCACUAUGGCAACAAUGUCUAGUAACAGACAGGUUUCAAUAUUAUAACUACAGUUUGAUUAAGUUUUUGUGUAUAUAUUAAAUAAAAUCCACUCUAAAAAGAACCCAGACAAUAUUACAGAAUGACAACCCAAGACAUAGCAAAUAUUACUGAAGAAAAAAAAAAGCGUGUGCCACUUUAUCCCGGCUUUCCCGAACUUGCUAGAUCUGAUGUUAGCAUUUAUCCUUCAUAUACCAAGCUAGCAUUAGCUUACCGUGUUGUUUGUCGCCAUCGUUACCAUUGGGCGAAAGUCGCACAGCAUCGCCAGUUUAUGAAUGAACUACAUAGUUUUGAAAGGUUGCAGGCAAAUGCUUUAGAUGGAGUCAGAGUUCACCGAGAAUUCUCACAGGGCAUAUUGUCACAUAAAAUACCUCCAAGGAGAUACAUACAGAAAUUAACUCCAGAUCCUUUAACAUCUUAUCAAAGGAUGAGGGUCGAAGAAAUUAUUAGCGGAAAUGUUAAUUUUAGCAACAAGUAAAUUAAACAUUGAUACCAGUGUGAUUAUU